UUUGCUUUACCGCUUAUUCCUUCUCUCGACGCAACAAGCCAAAUUUCUUCACUGACGCCCUUUUGGAGUUCUUCUCUUCCCCAACCUGAUCCAUGGCUCCUGCGAAGGCCGAGAAGAAGCCCGCUGAGAAGAAGCCGGCCGAGAAGGCACCAACUUCGGCGGAAAAGAAGCCCAAGGCCGAGAAGAAGAUCUCAAAGGAGGGAGGUGACAAAAAGAAAAAGAAGAUCAAGAAGAGCACUGAGACCUACAAGAUUUAUAUUUUCAAGGUCUUGAAGCAGGUCCAUCCUGAUAUCGGUAUCUCUAGCAAGGCUAUGGGAAUCAUGAAUAGUUUCAUCAACGAUAUAUUCGAGAAGCUCGCUCAGGAGGCAUCACGAUUGGCCAGGUAUAACAAGAAGCCUACCAUUACGUCCCGGGAAAUUCAGACGGCUGUGCGACUAGUGCUGCCUGGAGAACUGGCUAAGCACGCUGUUUCUGAGGGUACCAAGGCGGUCACCAAAUUUACUAGCUCUUAGUUCUGUAAUUGGACCGUGUUUUAAUUUGUUGAUUCUGUGUUUGAGAUCUAGGGUUACCUAUGAAAUCAUUUGAAUUAGAUAUCAUUCUCUAAUUUAGGGUUAUAAAAUCGUUGUUCUGAACAGUUCUUAAUGAAAAUUAGAAUAGUCAUUUUUCUCUUGAA